AUGAUUCCCAGCCCGCCUUUCUCCGCCUCUUCCAUCCCCGCCGGCUCAGUGGGCGCGGCGCUAGCGUACAGCAAUAAUGGCUCCGCGGAGGGGUCCCCACCGUCAGCGUCAUGGCAGUGGGAUCCCAUUGGCUUCUGGGACGACCCUCCUGCUCCGCUUCUGCAGCCUCCCCUACACUCUUCGCUUGCCGCCUUCCCGUCCUCUGGCCCUGCGCCGCUCCCAUCAUCACUCGAAUCAGCUGCAGCUUUCUCCUCAGCCUCAGGCAUACCGUCCGCUGCAGCUGCAGCUUCCGCCGCUUUCACACCACCUGCCGCCCCUGCUCCUAACCCCCUACUGUCUCUCGAAGGGAAUGCCCCAUCCCCGUUAAUAGCCUCUCAAAUAAGCGGCCUUGCCGGCCAGUCGCCUCACUUUGACCCCGUGCAGUUCCCUGCGGGCAAUGCAUCCGCUGCCGCUCCUGCCACUGCCGCCUUUGCUGCUGCAUCUGCUCCCGCCGGAGGGGCGACUGGUGGCUGCAUAUGGCGGAUAGGGCAGCAGCAGUGCUGUCGCAUGCGGAUGGGGGAGUGGGAGGAGGAGGAGGAGCAGGAGGAGGAGGAGGAGGAGGAGGAGGAGGAGGAGGAGGAGGAGGAGGAGGAGGAGGAGGAGGAGGAGGAGGAGGAGGAGGAGGAGGAGGGAGGAGGAGGAGGAGGAGGAGGAGGAGGAGGAGGAGGAGGAGGAGGAGGAGGAGGAGGAGGAGGAGGAGGAGGAGGAGGAGGAGGAGGAGGAGGAGGAGAGGGAGGGCAGUGUGUGGGCUUUGAGGCGGGCGAGGGUGCAGGGAUAGCUGCUGUAGAUCCUGGAGCUUGUAUAGGGCCCGCGGGCAUGGCACAGCAGCAGCAGCAGCAGCAGCAGCAGCAGCAGCAGCAGCAGCAUCCGUUGCUUCAGCAGCAGAUAGUGCAGGAGGGAUCAGCGGCUGCUGUCAUAACCACAGACCCCACCGCAGUGCAGGGUGGUGGUGCGUGCAGCAUGGCGGCGUUUGGCAGUAUGGACUCGUUCUCAGGAGAGGCGCGAGUGGUGGCGCGCUUCAGUCAGCUGUGCAACGAGUCAGGGGGCAGUGCAGGAGUGUGCGGAAUAGAAGGGGCAGAGGCGGGAAUGCGGGGAGAGGGAGAGGUGCAGCAAAUGCAGGAAUUCAUGCGGGCCAUAUCGGACAUAUCAGCGUGCAUGCCGCACCACCACUUCCUGCUGUCCGCAUGCAAUGCAGCGCUGCUGUCCGCCAUCUCGCCCACCGAUACCGUCGUGCAUGUCGUCGACUUUGGCUGGUGGAUCGGCGCGCAAUGGCCCGACUUCAUCGCCUCUCUUGCUGCCCGCCCCGGCCCCAAGCCCCUCCUCCGAUACACCAAGAUCGAGUCGCCAAUAACUCAGUGUCCAUGGCGAGUGCUACCGCAAGUACCGCUAGCAGACUGCAAGGCCAUUCUCACGCGUGCAGCAGCCAACGCGGGCAUCCGCCUAGACUUUGCCGUGGUGGAGUGCUCUCUAGAGUCUAUCGACUCUCAUAUCUCUCAGCACCGCCCGCCCCUUAACUCUGCCUCCGCCUCGACUGCACCUGCCAUUGCUGCCGCGUUCUCUGGGUUCGGAGACGGCCAGAAUCCGUCUGCGUCUGCCUCUGCUGGUGGUGGCGCCGGUGGUGCUGAUGGUGCUGUGGUGCCGUGGACAGGGCUUGCACCGCCGCGGCUGCAUUCGUCAAGGGAUUUUAUCGAAAAGGCGAUCCUAGGGAGGGACAUUGUGAAUGUGGUGGCCUGUGAGGGUUCUCUGCGGGUCGUUCGGUCGGAGCCGCUUGGCAAGUGGAUGAGCCGAAUGAGGGAGGCGUCGUUUGCUGCUCUGCCGUUUUCAGACCAUGCCCGGCAUAAAGUGGCGGCGGCCAUGUCCCAGUUCCCGAGGGAGUUUGGGGUGCAGGAACAGGAUGAUGGGGGGCUUCUGAUGACUUUCAAGGGGCAGCCGAUGCUGGCUGUCGGCAUGUGGAGGAUUGCCUGUUGA